AGGACCCAGAGCAAUAGAUGCAAACUACAGGAAAAGAGAUUCCACGUCAACACUAGGAAGAACUUCCUGACAGUAAGAGCUGUUUGACAGAGGAACACACUACCUAGCAAUGUGUUGGAGUCUCGUUCAUUGGAGGUUUUUUAACAGACGCUGGACGGGGAUGUUUUGAUUAUAUUUCUGUCUCAAGCUAUGCCAGAGAUGACAGAGAAGGCUCCUCUUAAGAAGCAGCACCGAAAGAAAAACCGUGAAACUCACAAUGCAGUGGAAAGGCAUAGAAAGAAAAAGAUCAACGCUGGAAUAAAUCGAAUUGGUGAGCUAAUUCCAUGUUCCCCAGCACUGAAACAGAGUAAAAACAUGAUUCUCGAUCAAGCGUACAAAUAUAUAACAGAAAUGAAGAGGCAAAAUGAUGAACUUCUGUUGAAUGGAGGAAAUAAUGAGCAAGCUGAAGAAAUUAAAAAGCUGAGAAAACAGUUGGAUGAACUUCAGAAAGAAAAUGGGCGCUACAUAGCAUUAUUGAAAGCCAAUGACAUUUGCCUGUAUGAUGAUCCUACCAUCCACUGGAAAGGGAAUCUGAAAAAUGCAAAAGUUUCUGUUGUUAUCCCGAAUGAUCAGGGGCAAAAGAAGAAAGGAAACUUGAAAAGUGCAAAUGUUUCUGUUGUCAUUCCCAGCGAUCAAUUGCAGAAGAAUAUCAUUGUAUAUUCCAAUCGCAGUCAGCUCGGUGGAAGUAACCAAGGGGCUUCUGUCCAAGGAAUAACUUUUAAUAUCAGUCCUAAUUUGCAGAAGCAGACAGCAAAUGUUGUUCCUGUCCAGAGAACUUGUAACCUAGUUACUCCUGUGACCAUUUCUAGUAUUUACUCCACAGAAAUCAAGUCAGGGAGUCAAACAUCAGUUUCUCCGUUGGCUUCAGUCCCACCAAAUCCAGCCAAGAAAAUUAUAGAGCACGCUACCUCUGAGAAUAAACAGAGUGUACCUGUUUGUACUACUGUUGCCAGCCCGAUGAAUGCCUUGCCCCUUAUGAGGAUACAGCCUGAAAUGCAGUGUUCAACACAAGAAGAAGAUAUCUCCAAAUCUAACAAUAGACAAGAGAGUUUUAGGGCAAUUAAAGAUGCAGGUGUGCCCAGCAUAAGCCUUCAUUCUAAUGUUAAUGUGAACAUAUCUCACUCUCAUCUGGCUGAUACAGCUUCUAAAGAAGAUGCAAGAAGUGGGUCCCUAGAAAGCUGCGUAACUUCAGCAACUGGUACCACUUGUAACCCAUUUGCAAAACUCUCCAUUCAUGGAAAUCCUUCCACAGAAAGGGAGAUCAGUGGCAGUGGUGCACCAACAGCAUCUGCAGCAGAAAAUCUGAAGCCUGUAACAGAAAUUAAUGCAUUACCUGCUACUACCUUAGAUAAGUGGCCUUUCCCCAAUUCCUCCAGCAUUGGCUCUCCAGGCUCAAAAAGCAUAGGUAACCUGACACGAAUAACCUCAGCUGGAAACACCCAGACUACCUGGACUACUUUGCAGCUAACAGGGAAUACUGUUCAGCCUGUAAACCAUACUCCAUCUAACAUCAUGACAACCCUCUUAAAUGAGCCAGUUAAUGGGGCUAGUACUACAGCUUCAAAUCCUAGCAGGGUUUUGACAUCUACUACUGGGUUUAAUAAUCUUCAGCCUGCAGAAGAACAGACAGCUGAGCAAAUUAUGGUUCCUUCACUUUCCUACCCAUCUUUACCUGUGCAGCCAUUAGUCACUAAGGCACAGGUUAUAGCACCAUCUGCAGGUAGUCUUCUUUCCCUGAAUUCAGCUAUGCAGGUGAUUCAGAUGACCCAGCCAGUAGGCCAACCUGUUGCUGCAUCACCUGCUAAUCAAAAUGUUGUUAUUCUCCAGCCACCUAAUGCCAGUCCCUGUCCUCCAGUGUUGAGAGCUGACCUCCCUAACCAGAGUGUUAGCCAACAAAUUGUAAUUAUACAGACUGCUAACCCAAAUGCUCUCUCACUUUUUUCUGCCCCACCUCCUGUCAGAUUGCCUGUGAAUGGAGCCUCUCCCUUAACAAAUGCUAGCAAUUCUAUGCAAAAUGCCUCUGGCCCUCAAAUGUUUGGUGGGAAACAUCUUGUUCAUAUUUUACCAAGGCCGCCUUCUUCUUCUUCUCCAUCUUCUGGCUUAACACAAACAGUUUCAGUUGCAAUGUCUAACCAACAGGUUCCGCAGACUGUUUCUUUAAAUGGGCAACUCUUUGCAUUGAAGCCUGUGAAGUCCUGCUGUGGAGGUUCAGAUCAAAUCCCUAUGCAAAUUAUUCAGCCUACCACCAGUGAAGAUCCAAAUACCAACGUUGCCCUCAAUACAUUUGGUGCUUUAGCUAACCUCAAUCAAAGCAUAUCACAAAUGGCUGGACAAAGCUGCCUGCAAAUGUCAGUCUGUCAGCCUGUCAAUCCACAUGCUGUUAGCAGCCAGACCUCACCAAAUAAAUGUGUUCUGCUGGCAGCUACAACUGCAUCACCCUCAACUACUGAGAGCUCUAUAUUAACCACUGUUUCACAUUCAGAAAAUACUUCCCCCACAAAGUCAUCUCUUGGUUUAAGUGCAAAAUGGUCUAGGAAAAACCCAGGUACUAAAAAAUGCUUAAUGUCUUCAUGUCAAAUGAAGUCUUGCAAAGAUUCUAAUACAUUUGAUAAUGGGAAUGUGGAAGCUUCAUGUCAAAAUUCAGGAAGUGACAGUUUGCUUAAAAACAUGCCUGCUAAUGUGUUACAUAGCUUUGCCAUGCAACAAACAGAUAGCAGGGCCUCACCUGAUGAUAUAAAAGUUUCUGAUUCUCAAUCCAAAGAGAGACUGAGAGCUGAACAAGAUUUAGAAUCUACUCUGUCAUCUGAGCGGAAUACAACUGUAGUGCCUCAGUCGUUGCCCCCUGUAUCAUCCUCAUCAGGACAGUUUGAAAUAGUUGCUCCAGUUUCCACAGAGUGUGGUUCUCCACCACUUCAAAUGUGCAAAGUUCAAACCCAUUCUACAACAAAUUCAGAAUUAUCAAAAUCGUCAAAAUGUAUUCCUGUCAGCCCUUUAACACCCUCUUCUUCUGGGUCACAUUUGACAAUUUCUCAAGCUUCAGGGACAUCUGUGACAAAUGCAGGGACAAGUGUGGAGAAUGUUCCCACAACAGAGGUCUCAGACAUCUGCAGAGUAGAGCAAAGUUGUUCUGCUGUAAUGCAGGCCACAGACUUGUUAGAAGAACAAGGCCUAACCAAAAUGUUAUCUGAUUUUAGUAAAGUGGGAGAAGUUGUACAAAAAAACUUUUCAGUUGAAGUGGAGCAUCCUGGUUUUUGCACCCAAGGGACUAAAUCAAUUAUAGACUCAAGUGAUGAGUUGACAGGGAAGGAGGAGGGCCUCUUGCUGAUGAAUACUGAGGAAGAGAAUCUUGCACAGUCUCAUUCUUGCACCUCUGAACAGGAGGCUGUCACGGGUAAUGGGCAAGCGGACUCUCCCAUGUCAACUAGCUCAGGCAGCAGUUGUGGCUUCUCAGUUGCAUCCAUGUUGCCAGAAACCUGUAGGGAGAGUGUGUCCAACAGCACUUUGGUGAAUACAUGUAACAGCUGCACAUUUUCAGAGCAAACAGAUAUUGUUGCAAUGGCAGCAAGAGCAAUUUUUGACCAAGAGACACUUGUAAAAGAAACAGGAACUCCUGCUCCCAAAGCUGAUGUUGUGGGAAGAGAGCAGUCGUUGAAAUCUCACACAACUAAAAACACAGACCAAAUAGAAACACCACCAAGCAAUUUUAGUACUCAGAAUUCGGUGCACAUAAACAUUGAUAGAUCAGCAGAAAAACAAAGCUGUUCUGUGGGUGUAGAAAUGUCCAGCACAGAUUUGCAAAUCUCGACCCCCCAGUCUUCAAGCACAUCCACUUUGAGUGUCAACAAUCUCAUACACCAAAGCUGCAUCAUUCAUCCUGCUGUGAGCUGCUCAGGUUUACCCUCACCUUCAAGCCAAGCCACUGUUCCUCUGACUCAGUCCAUACCUACUAAUUCAUAUAUGAGUCAAUCUCCAGGCCAUUCUCCAGUGCUGAUGACAGACUAUGCUUCGGAACAGCUGACUGCUCUACGAACCAACACCAUGCAGGUACCUCUGAUGCGUGAGCUACACUUGAAACAGCAGGGCCAGGGAAACCGCAAAGACUCAGCAAAGCGUGCAGUUCAAGAUGAUCACCUGCUUUCCACAUCAAAGAGACAGAAACAGUGCCAGACAGCACCUCUGCAACUAGAAGGUUUGCUCAACCAAACAUCUGAUGAUAUUGCAGAUCAAAAUCAAAUCCUUGUCAAUCAGAUUCCCCCCAACUCUUCCAAUCUUGCAGUGUCAGUAAGUAGUCAAGGGCAUAGUGAUGGCCAUAGGUUAUUUCCAAGCAGUAAUUUUGUGUCACCUGCUCUGAGGCAACCAGAGGUUCAGUGUAAUUCUCAACCUUCUGUCUCAGAUCAGGCAGGGCAGCACCUGCAGCCUAUUCAGCAUGUUCCCACUCAAGGCAUGACUCAUCUUCAUAGUAACCACCCCUACAUAAAGCACCAACAACAGCAGCAGCAGCAACAACAACAGACUGGACAGUUAAGAGAGAGGCAUCAGUUGUAUCAACUCCAGCAUCACAUUUCUCAUGCAGAAACCUCUAUCCACACUCAAGCCCACAUUGUCCACCAGCAAAGAGUAAUGCAUCAAGAAGUGCAAAUGCAAAAGAAAAGAAAUCUUAUCCAAGCAGCCCAGCCCACCACACUUACUUUACAACAAAAGCAUCAUGGAAAUGACCAACCACGGUCAAAGAGUAGCCAACCUCACUCCCAUCACCCACAAAUUCAGCAGAUGCAGCAGCACUAUGCAUCUUCCCAGCCUGAAAAGAGCUGUGAGAACCCUACCACAAGCAGAACUCACCAUAGUCAUCCUCAGAGCCAUCUGAAUCAAGACAUUCUUCAUCAGCAGCCACCAGAUGUGGGCAACAGGCAGUCAAGCUCUGGAGUUUCUUCAGAACAUGUGUCAGGACACAGUCAAAUGCAGAGACUUAUGACUUCCAGGGCUUUGGAGCAGCAGAUGGUGUCCCAACCCAGUAUUGUCACCAGACCAUCAGAUAUGACUUGUAUUCCCCACAGGCAAGAAAGGAAUAGAGUUAGUAGCUACUCAGCAGAGGCGCUUAUUGGGAAGUCCUCUUCUAAUUCAGAGCAUAGGCUAGGGAUAGCCAUUCAAAGUUCAAGGCCUUCGGAGCAUCUUGAGAUGAGAAAUUUCAUUGAUGUGUCUAGGAAUAAAGGAUUGGUAAUGCAGAAUAUGCAGGGCCGCAUGUCUGUAGACCAUACAGUUGGGUCAGAUGUUCAAAGGCUUUCUGAGUGCCAAACAUUCAAGGCAAAUGGCACAAACCAACAGCCCACAAGCAGUUUUGAUGUGCAGUCAUCAAGAAACAGUGAAACAGGUAAUUCCAUGCCUUCUCUCAGAGGUAUGCAGACACAGGCUUUUCGAAUUGCCCACAAUGCUGGUCUACCUAUUGACAGACAGAAGAGGUUGCCCUACCAGCCAGUUCAGAGCAUUUCAUCAGGAAAUGCUCUUCCUCCUGUCAGGGAUAAUGAAAACACAUGCCACCAAGGCUUCAUGCAGAGUUUACUUGUCUCUCAUCUUGGAGAUCAAGCCAAUGGGAACCAAAGACCCAUUUCAGAGCAUCAGAGAAAUUCACAGUGUACUACUUCUUCGAAUGUUGAAUAUAAUUGUCCCCCUGCAAGAGAUGGUAUUCCCAUUCGGAGAGAAGGUGAUGGCCAGAAUAGGGAAAGCUAUGACAUGUCUCUUGUUACUAUUAAUAGUCGGAACAAUUCAUUAAAUAUUCCUUUUUCAAGUUCUGGAGAUAUUCAGGGUCGCAACUCAAGCCCCAAUAUUUCUGUUCAGAAAUCCAAUUCCAUGCGAAUGACAGAGAGUCAUGGGACAAAGGGUCACAUGAACACUCCAGUUUCUGGCAAUGUUCAUGGGGUUGUCCGGCCUCCUCUCCACCAUCCACCUGUCUCUCGUGGGAAUGCUGACCAAGUCCCGCCAUCCAUUCGUCAACCAGGUUCUUCAGCUACUCAGCGGUCAAGGCAUCCUCUGCAGGACAAUGUGAGUUCUAAAAUACGCCAGCCCGAAAGGAAUCGUUCUGGCAAUCAAAGGCAUGGCAGUGUGUUUGAUCCUAGUCUUCCUCACCUUCCUUUGGCUGCCAGUGGCAGUAUGAUCCUUGGACGGCAACAACCUGCCCUAGAAAAGAGAAGCAGCAUUAUGCGAUUCAUGUCUGAGGGAGCACAAGUGUCUAAUGAAAGUGCAGCUCCUGAUCAGCAGGCUCUCUCUCAAAACUUUGGGUUCUCUUUUAUUCCUGAGAGUGGAAUGAAUCCCCCAAUAAAUGCCAAUACAUCAUUCAUUCCACCUGUAACUCAAUCCAGCGCUACUCGAACUCCAGCCCUGAUUCCAGUAGAUCCUCAGAAUACAUUGCCAUCCUUUUAUCCCCCAUAUUCUCCUGCCCACCCCACCCUGUCCAAUGACAUUUCACUACCUUACUUUUCUAAUCAAAUGUUUCCUAAUCCAAGCACAGAGAAGCCUAAUAGUGGGGCCUUAAAUAAUCGGUUUGGGUCUAUCUUGUCUCCUCCCAGACCAGUUGGUUUUGCCCAACCAAGUUUUCCCCUUUUGGCAGACAUGCCUCCAAUGCACAUGGCUAAUUCCUCACAUUUAUCCAAUUUUAAUUUGACGUCUUUAUUUCCGGAAAUAGCUACAGCUCUUCCUUCAGACGGUUCAGCAAUCUCACCUUUGCUGUCAAUAACAAAUACUUCUGCUUCUGACACUUCCAAGCAAUCGUCGAACCGGCCUGCUCAUAACAUAAGCCAUAUUCUUGGUCAUGAUUGCAGUUCAGCUGUAUGAAAUGCAGAGUUCAAAUGACAGUGUGUCUGUACAUAAUGCAUUUUGUGUAUAUAUUUGGCGUUGUUAUCCCAGAAGCAUUACUGUUGGUGAGAAAUACUUAUUCCUGGGCAGGUGCUUCUCAGUUCAUACAUCUCCCUGUUGUUACCUAUGAGUGCCUAUCUCAGCAUUCACUAGUAAGAAUAACACUCUGAUCUCUCAUAACAGCAUACACAUCAGAUAGUUUUAGACUAUCGCCCCCGUGCCAAGAUCAGGUCUGUGCAAAAUAGGACCUGGGAAGCAAUGUCUUUGAGAAGUGGCAUUUUUUUUUAAUCUUUAGGAUAUACCAUUUGCUUACAAUGUGUAUCAUUAAGGACCACAACCAUACCUCUUGGGAACAAAACUUUUGAGAUCAUUUGAUGGCUUCUUGUGAUUAAAGUUUGUUGCCUAUCUUGGUGUACAUGUGUAAAGUUUAAUGCCAUGCUUAAUGUUGGAGGAGCCGAGUGAAAAGCAUGAAAUGGAGAAGGCUGCUUUUCUUCUGAAACAAAGUUUUUAAAUAGAGUACACAUUAGUGGUUUUUCCAUUCCUUUAGGCAUGGCUGUCACUGGUUUAUAAGCUGUGAUCUUUCUCAGGUAUCCACUUUUGUUUCUUGCUUAGCACUUUCUUAAGCAGGGUGUGAGGAUCUUCCUUUUUAAAAAACAAUAUUGACUUUCUUUACUUCCCCCCCAGAUUAUCUGUUGUAACACAAGAAGUACUAAUAUAAAAAUAGUAUGCUAGGAAUGUUGGGUGGUACUGUCAGCAAAUAUAAAAGGAAUAUUAAAUACUAAUUUAAAUUGAUUACUUUGCACUUAGAUAGCACCUUCUUAGUAACUCAGAGACUCUUUAUGGUGAGAGAGGAUGGCAUCCAUGAUGGUUCAAGCACUUGACAAACUGAAAUUAUCUUGGUUGGAUGAGUUGUGAGGGAAGAUUAAAAAUGUCACUUAGAAACUGAUUGGUUAAAAAAACAAACUAAACACUAAUUGAUUACUUAAUAUACAAGUAAUAUGUGAGUAUUUCUCUUAUGGUUAGUAUAAACAUUGUCAUGCAGACCUUGUUUAAAUCAAACAGCAAUAUUGUCUACUUCCAUUUCCAUCUCUGUAGCUUGAAUAUGAUGGUGGCAGGCCUUGGUCUGAGCAGUUUCCUUGGUUGAUAGAAAGCUUCUUUUACUUUAGUUUCUCCAGUGGAUAGUCAGGACUUUUACCUGUGAUCAGACAGUCUUAGUGUCUUGUAGAUGUAAUUUUCUUCACUGUGAGGUAGAAUACAGACAGAGAAACUUGAACGGGUAUAUUGUAUCGCUAGUGCUUACUAAAUGUAUGAUAUUUCAGCAUGAAUCUGCCUUGGAACAGUGGUUCAUUGAUAAGCUCUUUGACAGCAUCACACAUGGUAAGCACACAAGUUGUAGAACUUACUUUUUAAUAAGAACUGGAUUUUAAAGAAGAAGUCUGAAGUGGUUAGCCUAGCCAGGAUUAGGAAUAGCCAUCAACUCAGCUUUCUAAGAGCUGUGUGCCUCAAAUUGUUUGUAAGUUAACUUUCCAAUAUUUGUUGUGGCAUGUAUGGUAACAGAACAGUUUCUGUGACCCUGCAAGCUAAAUGCCUGAAGCAUUUCAAAACUGAUCUGUCAAACGCAUUCCUUCUUUUUGUCCUACAGUGCAAGUGCCCAGAACUACUUCAAAACUCAGUGUGUUGGCAGUCCUUUGGCAUGUAUUCUUCAUGGAAUCAGUGUGUGGAGAUAAGUCAUCACUGGGUGUCCAGACUCCAGUUAGAACUGCUGAGCCCAAUCUUGAUCAGGGUUUGUUCUUAGCAUAGGGGGAUGUGUUGUGGUCAUUCAGGGCUGUUCAGCCUGGACCCCUUUUGAGUUUCUUUGCAAGAGCAUGUGUUACAAAUAACACUCUGAUUUCUCUGACAUGGUAUAUGAUAUAAAAGUUGUAGCAGAGAAAUUGAUUUCAUGUUUACUCUGUUCAAAAGUACAGAGUAAUUAUUUUGAAAGGGCACCCUAAUUGUUGCUGCAGGAGGCAUUUAUGUGCAGCCAUCAGCUAACCAUGGCCUCCUAACACAAUAGAUACAAAAGCAAGUGACCAAACUUUUUGUUUUCUGUCAGCUGCUUAUUUUGCUUUGGAGAUGAGAAAACAGUUGACAGAGAUGGAUUAUGUCAAUGAGAAAACAGUUGACAGAGAUGGAUUAUGCUUUGUAUUUUCCCCCCCAGUAAUGUGAGCUCCUUAAAGAAUUAGCACCUGAUUAUUUCUUGAAAAAGAAAUCAUGGCAGUUCUUACCAUUGAUAAGAAAUUUAGGCCUGUUACAGACUGCCAAAAUAAAGCUGCUUCGGGUCUCUUU